UCCCUGUCGACCGGAUUGACAGAAUUCCGCCAAAGUUGUGCAAUGUUCGCAUCAUUCGUUUCGUACCGGCACUGUGGCUGUAAUCGAAAAUUAACAACUGAGCACUGUAAUAUAUUUGUAUUAAGAACAUUGAAUCCCUCGAAAAUAACGAUCUGAGUACUAUUAGCGUGAUCCAACUAGCAAUGCAUGUAUCCUAUUAAUCUGCAAAGAAUUUACGAAUCAAUCACGAAUCAUGUCGAAGGACAUUCGUUCAUUCUUCGGCAAUGCCAAGUCGAAAAAGCCCGAUCCACCGAAGGAACCCACGACGAAGCGCAAGGCAGUCAUAGAAGACAGUGAUGAGGAGCAACAGAUGAAAGACCUCGGACAAACAAGCACCACCACGAAUAAUAACAAAAAGCGUCGCGUAAUAGAAUCUGACGAUGAAAAAAGUCCGGUCAAAAAGAUAACUUCGGCCAAUAGUGCCCCAAAACCCGUUGCUACAUCGAAACAAUCGCCAAGUUCAACCAAGCUGAAACCGGUGAGUGCGGCCGAUGUGUUUGGAUCGGGACCGGUUAAGCGUACCUUUAUGCCAAAACCAAGCAAGGAAGCUAUCAAGAAGGAGCUUGAGAUUCAUUCGGACGAAGAAUUUCAAAAAACACUCAUGGGUUUGGACGACAGCGGGGUGGUGCCGGAAACCCCUUCACCCAAGCGGCACAAAGUUAAGAAGGAAGCGCAUGGAAGUAGCGAGGAGAAACGGAAUAAGAAGCCUUCUCCGGAAACGGUAGUGACUCCCGAAAAGAAGAAAUCUAUCAAGAAGGAAGCCAGCACAGAGGAGAUGGUUACUCCGAAGGCGAACGUGUCUCUACUGACGGACGAGGAACGUUAUGAGCGUAAACGGGCGUCUGCUAUAUUGUAUCAAAAGUUCAAGAACCGCACCGGCCCGGAGAAUCCGGGAAGCAAGGAGAUUCCAAAGGGUAAACCGGAUUGCCUGGCGGGACUUCAAUUCGUCGUGACUGGCGUGUUGGAGUCGAUGGAACGGGACGAAUGCGCUCAGGUAAUCAAAGAUUUCGGUGGAAAGGUUGUUGGCAGUGUUUCGAAGAAGUUAACCCACAUGGUAGUCGGUGCGGAUGCUGGUCCCUCGAAGAUAGGUAAAGCGGAAGAAUUGGGGAUCCCUCAAAUCAGCGAGGAUGAGCUUCUUGAUCUCAUUCGGGAACGAUCGGGCAUUCCCAAGAAAGGUUCUAAAUCGUCUUCGUCACCCACGGAGAAAAUCAAAAUUAAGGAAGAAAAAUCACCUUCCAAGGAAAAGAAACACAAGAAUGCGGCAGAAUCUACAUCUAAGAAGCGAACUCCUGAGAAGAAGAAAUCUGAGCCGAGCUCACCCGUUGCUAAAUUACCGAAGAUUCCUAAAAUCGAGAAACAAUCUCCCGUGCAGCCAAAGGCUCCCAAAAUAGAGAAAAAAUCUCCCGUAAAAAAACUUACCUCAUCGGAACCGAUGGCUCCAAUUAAGCGUGAGGAAACGGCCUAUCAAAAGGACAUACAAAGCGCCGAUAACAUGGCCUGGGUGGACAAGUACAAGCCAACUUCAAUACAGCAGAUCAUCGGCCAGAGUGGAGCGGCAGGGAAUGCCCAGAAGUUGAUGAAAUGGUUGUCCAAUUGGCACUCCAAUCAUGACGGUACGAAGAAACUGACCCGGCCAAGCCCGUGGGCGAAAAAUGACGAUGGGUCGUACUUUAAAGCUGUGCUGCUUUCCGGUCCUCCGGGUGUUGGAAAAACUACCACGGCCACCCUGGUAUGCAAGGAAUUGGGUUUCGAUGCGGUUGAGUUCAAUGCUUCCGACACGAGGAGCAAGAAGUUGCUGCAGCAGGAAGUGUCCGAGUUGUUGAGCAACAAGUCCCUUUUCGGUUACUUCAGUGGGGAUGGCAAGGGCGAGAAGGUGACCCACAAGCAUGUGCUGCUCAUGGACGAAGUGGACGGCAUGGCGGGAAACGAAGAUCGCGGUGGACUUCAAGAGCUGAUUGGACUCAUAAAGGCGAGCCACGUGCCGAUCAUUUGUAUGUGCAACGAUCGGAAUCAUCAGAAAAUGCGCUCUCUGGUGAAUUAUUGCUUCGAUCUGAAGUUCAACAAGCCGAAGGUGGAGCAAAUUAAGGGCGCGAUGAUGUCCGUUUGCUUCAAGGAAGGCCUCAAACUAGCUCCCGGAGUACUGGAUGAGAUCAUUUCCGGCACGGGCUGUGAUGUCCGGCAAACGCUCAAUCAUCUCGCACUGUACAGCACCGGUGCCAGUACAAAUGCGGCCCACGCCAAAAAGGAGGCGGAAGCCGCGCGGAAAGACGUCAAAAUGGGACCAUGGGACGUCGUCCGGAAAGUGUUCUCCGCCGAGGAACACAAAACCAUGUCGAUCCACGAUAAGUCGGAUUUGUUCUUCCACGACUACAGCAUGGCACCACUGUUUGUGCAGGAAAAUUAUCUAAAAGUGACGCCGAAAGUUCCCAAGGCUCAACAUUUGGAUCAGAUCGCGCUGGCAGCGGACAGUUUGAGCCGCGGGGAUAUGAUCGAUCGGAGGAUUCGAUCCAAUAUGGCAUGGUCACUGCUACCAACGCAGGCAAUGUUUAGUUCCGUUCUGCCCGGCGAAUACAUGGAGGGUCACUUCACCGGUCAGAUCAACUUUCCUGGUUGGUUGGGGAAGAACUCCAAGGCUACUAAGAGGAAGCGCUUGGCGCAGGAGAUACACGACCACACGAGGAUCAAAACCUCUGGGUCAAGGCUUUCGGUGCGGUUGGAUUACGCACCGUAUCUGUUGGACGCAAUUGUUCGUCCACUCCAGAAGAAGGGCUCCGAAGGGGUAGAGGAUGCGUUGGUCGUUAUCAAGGAGUAUCGUUUAUUGCGUGAAGAUCUAGAAUCGCUCGUCGAGCUCACGAGUUGGCCCAAGAAAAAGAGCCCGAUGGAUGCGGUUGAUGGGAAAGUUAAGGCUGCGCUGACCAGAGCGUAUAACAAGGAAAUUUCUCCGUAUUCUUAUUCAACGGUGAAUGCAGUCAAGAAGAAGAAAACUGAGGCAGCUGAUGAAGCAGCCGAAUUAUAUGGCGAAGAGGAAGAACAGAGUGGUGUUGUAGACUCCGAGAAUGAGAACGAGGAUGAUGAUCUGGAGAAUAACGCGUUCAUAAAAGUCAAAAAGAAGCCAGCAGGAAAGGGGACGGCCGGAUCCUCGUCCGCAGGAAGUAGUAAAACGAAUGGUACGAAGGCUAAGGCUGGAGCUUCCAGUAGAGGGAAGAAAAAAUGAAAUGCACUUCCCCAUAGAUCAUCUAUAGAUGAUUGAUAAUUUAUAUUGUUUGUGUUAUCCUCUCUUCUGGUUAGAUAUUACAUUACUACUAAUCCUCAAA